AACUCGGAGUGGAGGCAGAGCGAAGAGGGAAAAUACCAGAUAUGCCCAGUGUUAAACUCUCUCGAUAAUCAAGUGUACAGAAAUGGAAAAUGUGUAUUUUAUCCAAACAAAGAUAAUAUAUUUCUGCAUUAUUCUGCAUUUUUUAUUACUAGAAAAAAAACUCGGAGUGCGGUUUUUAGUGACCAUCAGUGUAUAGAACCUAUAACGUUUGCUAAAAUGAAUUGACUGUUGUCAGUGUUUUAUUUACAGAGUAAACUAUGGACAAAGUUCCGCAUGAUGCAGAGAGCGAGAGUGUCAAAUUUAAGCCCGUUGGUCGUUUGGAUAUGAGCCACGGGUUCCUUCGGCACAUCAGGAGAAAUCAAAUAGCCAGGGAUGAUUAUGACAGAGAGGUAAAACAGGCCAAAGAAAAACAGAGGCAAAGACCCACUACCACCCCCCGCCAUCCAAAAAGACCUGACCAACAAGUGUACCACCUACGCCAUCAGAAUGGCUCGGAGUCUUGUGUGCAUGUGGGGACAGAAGACUGGAAUGAGAGCAGCUCAGGCACAGAUCAGGAAAACACUGGCACAGAGCUUUUCUGGCUUGAUUACCAGGCUGACAGCGGGCAAAUUACAUCAUUCAUUGUUUACAAGGAAGACAAGCCAGAAACAAUAGUGGAAAGAGUAUCACAGAUGAACGUUUUGGACUCAGCCAUGAGGGCAGCACUGGUGGCUCGUGUGGGAAAAGAAAUGAACAAACGAUGUGAUAAAUAUUAAGAUGGCGAAUGAAACUGUUUUGAUUAAGAGUACAGGUUUAAUAUUGUGUUUUAUACUGUGUGUUGUGAAAUAUAAAAAAUAUUGUGGACCCACAAUGGAGUAUGAUACAUUUCUAUCUUACCUUACUACCAAGUUACCAAGGAUUUUUCACAAUACAUAAUUUCAUUAUUAUUGCGUAUUUGUUGAUUCACUAUAAUUUUGUUUUGUUUACCUUAUGCAAGUACGUGCCGAUUGCCAACAAAACAGACAGUUUCACUUACCGCAUGCUUUUUAUGACCGGCAUCUUUUAGCACAGGGAUCGCCCCAUCUAUCAGUUUCAAACGAUCUGCAAAACUAGCGUUAUUGUUUGUGGGGAUUUCAUUUGUUUGGGUCUGGUCUUGUUUUGUGGUCGAUCAUGGACAACAGAGGGAAAAAGUUACAUUGUGCCAUUUACUUUUUUCCCCUUUGAUGUUCCUCUGUUUUCUGGUGACGAUCGCAGAGUGGGACCAGGCUGGACCUGCACGGUUUCGGCCAGUGGGACUUCCUGGGUUGUGGGUGGUG